AUGUACAUACACAGAAAUACACACGCACAGACACAUGUACAUACACACACACAUGUACAUACAUACACAGACACAUGUACAUACAUACACAGACACAUACACACACACACACGUACAUGCACACACACACGCGUACACACACACAUACAUGUACAUACACGCAGACACGUACAAUUGUACAUGCAUACACAGACACACACAAACACACACACAUGUACACAUACACACCCCAUAAAAAGUUGCAGUACUUCGUUGUUCACUCACAGAGCCGAGUACUGCACUCUGGGGGGAGGCAGAGAGCACAGCACACACUCUUUGCUUUGCUUUCACUGCGCUCAGCUAUUGAGCAGCCUGACGGCUCCCAGUGCCAAUGACAGAUCCAGCCUGAGCUCUGAGCCUGCUCAGCAAGAUGGCCCUGGGGGACACACUCGCCCCCACCAUAAUUUCCAUUCGCCAUUGGCAAGCAGGCGAGUGGAAAUUUCAUGCCCUGAGCUA